AUGACCAAACAGCUCGAGCCAAUGUCAGCAGCUAUCGAAUCGGGAAAGGGAUCGAGUGAUGAUGAUAGGGAAGCCUCUAUCUCUCAACUUGCUCGCCAAGUGAGUCGAACUUCGGUGACAGGUGGUGCCGAUGUCAAUUCCCCUUUGAACCCCGAAAGCAACAGCAAGCUUGAUCCUUUCUCCCCCUCGUUCAACGCAAAGAUAUGGGUAAGAUCCUUUAUGCAGCUGUUGGAGUCACGCUCUGGCGAGAUGCCUCUGCGAAAAAGCGGCAUUGCAUAUCGCAACCUCAGUGUUUCGGGAUACAACAAUGGAGCUUCGUACCAGAAGAGCACUGGGAACAUCCCUCUUGGUAUCCUGUCAUAUGCCGCUGGAUUGAUCAGCAGGAAUCGACGCAAAGACAAGAUCAAAAUCCUGCGUGACUUCGAGGGCGUUGUUAAUGAUGGGGAGAUGCUUCUUGUUCUUGGCCCGCCAGGAUCAGGAUGCUCAACCCUGUUGAAGACUCUGGCGGGCCAGACAAGUGGCUUGGAUAUUAGUCCUGAUUCGUACCUCAACUACAGGGGAAUACUCCCCAAGCAUAUGCACCACCGAUUCCGGGGCGAUGUCCUUUACAAUGCCGAGUUAGACGUCCACCUUCCGCACCUCACUGUCGGAGAGACACUCACUUUUGCGGCUCGCGCGAAACCAUGUACAAGCAUCCCGGGAGUCAGCGCCGUUCAAGCAAGCAACAUCAUUCGGGAUGUAGUCAUGGCCAUUUUUGGAAUUGCACACACCAAGAACACCCGAGUCGGCGACGAGUACGUGCGCGGAGUCAGUGGUGGUGAACGCAAGCGCGUCAGUAUCGCUGAGGCGGCUUUGACUGGUGCAAAGUUCCAGUGCUGGGAUAAUUCCACUCGCGGGUUGGACAGUCAGAAUGCCAUUCAAUUCUGUAAGAAUCUGCGUUUGCAAGCAGAUUAUAUGGGUCUGGCAUCUGUGAUAGCCCUCUACCAGGCUCCACAAGAUGCUUACGAGCUCUUCGACAAAGUAACAGUCCUUUACGAUGGGAGACAGAUCUUCUACGGCCGAGUAGAGGAUGCAAAGAAAUAUUUCGAAGAUCUUGGGUUUGAAUGCCCUGAAAGACAAACUACGCCUGAUUUCCUCACCUCAAUGACUAGUCCUCAAGAGCGCAGGAUAAGAUCCGGAUGCGAAAACUGGGCCCCGCGAACACCGGAAGACUUCGCCCAGCGAUGGAAGAACAGUGUCCAACGUCAGAAUCUCAUGCAAGAGAUCGAAGUAUACAAAAACAACCAUGACCAAAAGCUACGACUUGAAGAAUUCACCAAAUCCCGGCGAGCAGAGCGUGGAAGGUUUCAAAGCACCAAGUCUCCUUACAAAUUGUCCUACUGGAAGCAGAUUGAACUAUGUCUUUGGCGCGGUUGGCGAAGACUCCUGGCAGACCCCGGAUUUACCAUCAUUCAACUCUUGUUCAAUACUAUUAUCGCUCUCGUGUUGGGCUCUAUGUUCUACAACCUAAAAGAGGAUACAUCAAGUUUCUACUACCGGGGAGCCAUGAUGUUCUUCGGGCUGCUUUUCAACGCUUUUUCAAGUCAGCUCGAGGUUCUCACACUGUAUGCCGAGCGUCCGACAGUCGAGAAACAGAACCGUUACGCCUUCUAUCAUCAGUCUGCUCAAUCCAUCGCGAGCUACCUAAUCGACGUUCCGUACAAAACCGUCAACAUGAUCGUCUUCAACACACUUAUCUAUUUCAUGGCGAAUUUUCGUCGUGAAGUCGGCGCGUUUUUUUUCUACUGUCUCACUUCAUACAUCACCACCUUGGUUAUGUCCGCAGUCUAUCGCACACUCGCAAGUGUCACGCGAACUUCCCACCAAGCAAUGGUUCCAAGCUCUAUUCUCACUAUAGGCGUCAUGAUAUAUACUGGUUUCACUAUUCCCACCGCUUAUAUGCAGGGAUGGUCCCGCUGGAUGGGGUACAUAAACCCUCUGGCCUACGCAUUCGAAGCGCUGAUGGCGAACGAGUUUCAUGGAAGAGAAUUUCCAUGUGCUCAGAUCGUCCCCGAAGGUCCGUCUUACGGAAAUGUGACGCUGGAUCAUCGCAUCUGUGCAUCUGUGGGCUCAGUACCUGGUUCGCCGGUCGUUGAUGGUGAGCAUUACAUCAACCAAGCAUUUGAUUAUUGGAAUUCCCAUAAAUGGAGGAAUGUCGGUAUCCUUUUUGGCUUUUUUAUCGGCUUCUUAGCUAUCUACUUCAUCUCUGCCGAGUACGCCCGUCCGCCCCGAAGCAAGGGUGAGGUUUUGGUAUUUCGCAGAGGAAAAGUACCACACGGAUCUGUUGCUCGAAAGUCAGAUGUGGAGUCCCUAGGUGUACAAAGGCUUGUGGUUUCCCAACGUAUUGAAGAAUAUGACCCUGUCAAGAAAAACGAGCAGUCAGGACCUGUGUUUCACUGGGAAGAUCUUUGCUAUGACAUCAAGAUUAAAGGCGAGGAUCGUAGGAUUCUGGACCACAUAGACGGCUGGGUGCGACCUGGAACAUCCACCGCACUUAUGGGUGCAUCCGGUGCAGGAAAAACAACUCUUUUGGACACUCUAGCUGCCAGAGUUACCAUGGGAGUGGUAUCCGGGAAUGCUUUUGUUGACGGGAUACCGACGGAUGCCUCUUUCGCUCAUAAGAUUGGCUAUGUGCAGCAGCAAGACCUGCACCUUGAUACAAUGACCGUCCGAGAAGCGCUAGAAUUUAGCGCUAUUCUUCGUCAACCUGCUAAUGUGUCCAAGGAUGAAAAGAUAGCAUACACUGAGGAGGUCAUUGAAAUGCUUGACAUGCAGGAAUUCGCAGAUGCUGUUAUCGGCGUUCCCGGAGAAGGUCUGAAUGUCGAACAACGCAAACGAUUGACCAUUGGAGUAGAGCUCGCAGCAAGACCCGAACUCCUUGUCUUUCUGGAUGAGCCUACUUCAGGUUUAGAUUCUCAGACCUCAUGGGCAGUAUGUGAUUUGAUCGAGAAACUGGUGAAGAGCGGCCAAGCAGUCCUAUGCACGAUUCACCAGCCUUCUGCAAUUCUCUUCCAAAGAUUUGAUCGCCUUCUUCUACUUCAGCCAGGUGGGAAGACUGUCUACUUUGGUGAGCUUGGCGACAAUGCCCGCACGUUAAUCGACUACCUUGAGCGCAACGGAGCCCCUAGGUGCCCUUCAGAUGGAAAUCCCGCGGAGUGGAUGCUCAGAGUCACUGAACCAGUCUCUGAAAAUUCCGCAACUCAGCUUGAAUGGUCCAGAAUUUGGCGUUCUUCGCCUGAAUACCAGCAGAUGAAAGAUGAGCUUGCUCGACUCAAACAACAUGCUACCGGCCGGGCUUUGAAUUCUCCAUUGAGGGACACAGACAAUUCGCAGCAUCACGAGUUUGUCGCUUCGUUUUCGACUCAAUUUUGGCAAGUUUUGAAGCGUGUCUCAAAGCAUUUCUACCGUUCACCAGGCUACAUCUACUCGAAGGUCGCCUUGGUGGCCUUGUCGGCGCUCUACGUUGGUUUCAGCUUCAAGGCUGACAACAGCCUCCAGGGGCUCCAGAAUCAGAUCUAUGCCUUUUUCAUGUACUUGACCAUGUUCGGCAGUUUGAAUGAGCAGAUAAUGCCGUUAUUUGUCCCUCAACGUGCCCUAUACGAGGUGCGUGAGCAGCCAUCACGGAUGUAUCGAUGGGCCACAUACGUUCUGUCCAACAUACUGGUAGAAAUAUUCUGGAACACGCUCAUGGCCGUCCUGGUCUAUUGCUGCUGGUUCUACCCUGUCGGCUUUACUCAGAACAUGUCGCCUGAAGAUGAACACACUCGCGGGUUCCUCGUCUUCCUCUUUUCGUGGAUGUUCAUGCUAUUCGUCAGCACAUUUUCCCAUCUUUGCAUUGCAGCGUUCGAAACUCCAGACAUGGCAGGCGCUUUAGCCACCUUGAUCUGGCUUUUAUGUAUUUCAUUCUGCGGUGUGGGCGUAGCCAAAGCCGAUCUCCCAGGUUUCUGGUCCUUCAUGUACCGCGUCUCACCCGCAACAUACCUAGUGAGCGGCGUAUUAUCGACCUCGCUAUCUGGCGCCCAAAUCACCUGUGCGCCGCAUGAAGUUCUCCGCAUGCUACCACCCGCGAACUUGACUUGCGGCGAAUACAUGAGCGAUUUCAUAAGCACUGCUGGCGGAUACCUUCUUGAUGAAGGAGCCAAGGGACAAUGCGAGUACUGUCGGUUGAGCGUCACCGAUGAUUAUUUAGCGACGUUCAAUAUUUAUUACGCGGAUCGGUGGAGAAAUUUCGGGUUGCUUUGGGUCUAUGUGGUGGUGAAUAUUGUUGGCGCUUUGGCUGUGUAUUGGCUGUUUCGGGUUCCUAAGUCUUCGCGAGGGAAGAAGAGGGAACAGGGUAAGAAAUUGUGAUUGGAUUGUCUAUGGAUGUAGAUUCGAUUUUAGAUUACUCUUAAUGGUACUUAGGGCUAUGGUGAGGAGUAAUGGUCUUAGUUCUCAAAACACUUUGACUGGCCUAAGUGCAGUUAAUUAGAUCAGUUCACCUACAACUUCUAAUGAAUACAAGUGUAAGCGCUUGCGCAGAACUAUUUGAACCUGAAUAUUCAAAUGCCAGGAAAAGAACGAG